AUGGCGACGAUCAAGGCACCGUUUGUGCGCUUGCGCCGGCCCGGCUCAUUGAUCAGCACGCCCUGCGGCACUUCGACGUCCCCGCUCCCCCCUCCCCCGCGCGUCUGGGCCUGUCUCACGCAGGCGCGCUUCACUCGCUCCUGGCGCUGGCGAAGGCCGAGGAAAAUUAAUGUUCCACGUAUGUACGUUGACGGCUGCGUAGCCCUUCUCCAAGCACUUAGUUUUCUUUUUUUCUCCUCUGCAGAACAGAGAGUAGAGGAUGUCAGACUUAUUCGAGAGCAGCAUCCAACAAAGAUACCGGUAAUUAUUGAAAGGUAUAAAGGAGAGAAGCAACUUCCUGUUCUGGAUAAGACCAAGUUCCUGGUCCCGGAUCAUGUCAACAUGAGUGAGCUGAUCAAAAUUAUCAGACGCCGCCUGCAGCUGAAUUCCAAUCAAGCUUUCUUCUUACUGGUGAACGGACACAGCAUGGUGAGCGUCUCGACGCCCAUCUCGGAGGUAUACGAAAGCGAGAAGGAUGAAGACGGCUUCCUGUACAUGGUGUAUGCCUCUCAGGAAACAUUUGGCACACAGCCCUCCAUGUAAACCAUCAUAACCAGCGGCUCGUAGCCUAGGAUAGUUUUUACCCCUCCCUCCCACAGGAAAAAAGAAAGGGAUGUCACCCACCCGCUCACUGUAGUCGUGCUUAGUGGGUGUCCUCAUCGUACCUUGUUUUGUUUGUGCAUAUUGGAACAGAGGAGUGCCGGGAUGGACAGACGGCCCAGCUUGGUCAGCCUGCUCUCAGUCCGCACAGGCAGGUGCACGCUUUGUAGGCUCUGGAACCUGACGGAAAUCGUACCAUGUGUAUUAAAGCUGCCAAUAAAAGGGAAGUUUGAGUUACUGUAAUCCUAGGAGCUGAGCUAACACUUAAUAGCAAACUGAAACGCUUCGGUGUGACAUCUCCUUCUGUUAAGCCCUACUCAGAUCUCCUAACAUUUUUUUCCCCCCGUCCCCCUCAAGAGGGAAUAAGUCAGGAUCUCUGUGCCUGGCCUCCUUUGCCAAGAGCUUUUUGCGUUGGUGUUUUAAGAGGUCAUGGCUUGUGGUGGUAGGGAAUUUUAUUCUGCAGUAGAGUUUGCUAAAUAUUAUCUAUAUAUAUAUAUAUAUCAUGCACCACAGCUUUAAGUCUAGUUUUAGGGACUGUAUAUUUUAAAACUAGAUUGUGCACUUAACAGUAACCAUCUUGAGGGAAUCUUCAGUCUAACCAGAAUCUUCAGCAUUUUGUCAGCUGUACCGUCCAAGCUGUACAUCUGCCCUGCUUUGGUCUUCUGAACGAUAUUGGCAUUGAAAGUGUGAGGCUUCGAAGGAACAGCAAGGCCACUCUGUGAUCCUUAAAAGUGUCUCUUCCUGCUUUGUUCUCCAGCUUUAUAAGAACAAAAAGGAGGCGAGCAUUGCACCAUUAAAGAAAACAUUGGCUUUCAGCAGCAUGAACCCCAAACUCUGGCCACAGAGUUCACCCCAAUUAGUUGCAUGACAUUUGAUUUUAGUGGGAGGGUGGAUUUCCCCAUGUCCAACCCUGAGGAAUACCUAAACUCGCAAAGAGCAGGUGAACCGGUCUGUCACUGAAGCUUCCCGUCAGUUGUAUGGGACUCACCAUUUAAUGUUGCUGCAAGCAGGAUUAUGUCCUGUGCAAAAGGGAAGAUACUUCAGCGAAAUGGCCUGCUUCCCGCUGAUUGUACAGUGAAAUGUAGCAGGCUGACUAAAACUGAACUCUUGUAUAGUACCGUGUGUGAGCCGAAAUGCAUCCGUUCUAGAAACCUAAUUUUUGCUAAGUGGGGGUGGGGGAGCAAUGCUACAUCUUGGCACACUGUUGGACAUCAGUUAUGUCUACAGUUUGUACCACUUGCAUGCAUACGCUUAGCGCUUGCUUCUGAUUUUUAAAGCGUUCACUGUGAGCUUUCAACUUACUGUAAAAUUUUAUGAAUAGCCUGUCUUCUGUUCAGCUAAAGAUCUCUCUUGAUAGACAAACAUGCAUAUAUAAUCAACUACUUGAUUCCUGUACAUUUUUUUUUUAAAGUGCUGAUCUGAAUUAUCCUGGUUUGAUCUGAAGUUGGGGUGAUUCACAGUUCUGUCUUUAGAAAGGUUCUAGUGCUGCAUACCUGGACCCAUUAGCCAGCUGUGCUUAUUGUGGCAGCAGGGAGGAUCCUGUGUGGUUAGGGGCACCGGCACGCAGACUGGAGGAGUCCCCUCGCACGGUCCACCGUUACAAAAGAAGCCAGCUUUUUCAAGAAUUGGAUUCAAAAUGGCUACGGGGGUGGCCUGGCGUUAAAAAGAACUUCCUGGCAGAAGAGGCGGACUGGAAGACGGCCCAAGUUCUUGAAUAUCCCAUCAGCGGCCGCCGCCGCCACUUUCUGAGGAAAUGUGUGUUCACGGUUAGUCUUUGGUUGACUCUGCUGAAUCUGGGUGGAAAUACUAAUCAUUGAGGAUGUCUGAAAAGACACUACAAUGGUCUUUAAUUACUCUUUUCAGUACAUUAAAUUUUACUCAGAUAAAAACAUCCUAAAAAUGUACAAUUUUACCUUUAACAAAGUAUAAUAAAACAUAAAAA